UAGCGGUGAGUGCGGUUUCCAGUAUGAAGAUCCCCCCCUGUCCGGCCUGUCCUGUUAAAUUAAUUGUUAGCUGCUCACUUCUGGCCGUACGCUUGACGCAUACGUUUAGGGUGACAUAUUGUUGUGACGUAGAUCUCCGGCAAGAGAUAAAAGCAAAAGUGAAAUGACAACCGCUUUUAGUUUUUUUAUGAUGAGAGGAACCUCAUAACCAUGCAUGCCACACUGGAAGCUGCGAUGUACCAAUAUUUAAUCCUUCUUGUUGGAUACAGCUUUAUUUAUUGCGGGACAAUAGCACAACACGUGUACUCAGGGGACGAUUCCUUCAGCAUCCGCCACGUGAGCACGAGCAGGUGCCUCCAGGGCGAGGACCGGCGCGUGGGCGUGGCACGCUGCACCAGCUUUGACCAGCAGCGCUGGAAGUGGGGCUCGGGCCACCGGCUCUUCCACGUGGCCACGGGCCGCUGCCUGGGCCUUGAGGCGGACUCCAAGACCCUGGCGCUGCUCAGCUGUGACUCUGCAGGGGACAUGCUCUGGUGGCGCUGCAGCGGAGGCAUCAUCCACACCGCGUCCCAGUUGUCCCUGUCCGUGAUCAAUGACGCUGUUGCUGUCAAAAAGGGGUUUGGCGACCAGUGGAUGAGAGACAACACGUCAGAAAACAUUUGCCAGAGACCGUAUCAGGUCUUGUACAGCACCAUGGGAAACUCCUUCGGGGCAGCCUGCGAAUUUCCCUUCUACUACAAUGGCGGCUGGCAUCAUGACUGCCUGUCACAUGGCCAGGAGGAAGACCUCAGCUGGUGCCCCACCACUGGCAACUACCACGCCGACCAGAAGUGGGGCUACUGUCUAAGUCCUGAACAAUCCUGUGACGUCCUAUGGGAGAACCCCGGUUCCGGAACUUGCUACCAGUACAACCUGCAGGCAGCCCUGUCCUGGCGCGAGGCGUGGACUUCCUGUCGCCGCCAAGGCGGGGACCUGCUUAGCGUCUCCGGCCCCAAGGAACUCGCCUCCGUGUCCGCUCCAGCCAAUGUUAGUUUGCCUGAGCAGAUGUGGACUGGACUGAAUCAGCUGGACAUGUCUCAAGGCUGGCAGUGGUCAGACAGCACCCCGCUCAAUUUCGUCAAAUGGGAUGAUGGGAUGCCACUUACCUCCAUCUUGCGGGAGGCAGAUUGCGCAGUGAUGACCCCCCGGGGGUUCUGGAGGAGCGAGGCAUGUAGCAUGAGGCUGCCCUACAUCUGCAAAAAACCCCUCAAACGCACUCAGCCUGAACCAGCGGCGCCACCAUUGGACAAGACCACCUCCUGUGAGCCAAACUGGAAACCUUGGGACGACUUCUGCAUCAACCUGGUGAAGGAGGAGCCCCAGACCAUGACCGAGGCCCAGCAGUACUGCGAGAGGAGCGGGGCGGACCUCCUGAGCCUACACAGCCUCAGCGAUGUGGAGGCACUCAGCACGGAGCUCCACACAGGUGGUGUGUUUGAGGUGUGGACCGGCCUAAGGAGUGAAGCAAGCCCGUACCUUUUCAGCUGGACCGACAGAUCUCCAGUGUCUUUCACAUACUGGAGCAGGGAUCAGCCCCAGUUCCGCGAUGAAAGCAAACCCGCCUGUGUCUCCUACUUUGAAGAGUCUCACUUGUGGCAAGUGACUCAAUGUGACGUUAAACUGCCCUUUGUGUGCAAGAAGAAAGGGGAAAUAAAGGAAUCUACUGAAAAAGCAGGGUGUCCUGAUGAUGGCGAAUGGAAGAGACACGGUAAUGCGUGUUACAAGGUGGACACCAAUGACGUUUUGUUCAAGGACAGGUGUGACCUGACCAUUACGAACAGGUUUGAGCAGAUGUUCAUCAACACCCUUAUCAAAGAGCAUGUAACUCCUGAAUCAAAAUACUUUUGGACUGGGCUUCAAAAUGUUAAUGACACUGGAGAAUUCCAGUGGAUUACCAAAAAUGGCCGUCAUAAAGAUAUGACCUACAGCAACUGGAAUGCAUUUGAGCCAGCUCUAGCCAGCGGGUGUGUCGCCAUAUCCACCAAAGCACUGGGUAAGUGGGAGGUGAAGGACUGUAACCUGUUCAAAGCUGGCUCAGUGUGCAAGAAGGACAUCGGCCAUCAGGAGGAACCAGAGCCAGACCUUAGUCUCCCCUGCCCUUCCGGGUGGACUUCCAGGCCUUAUUUUCAAUACUGCUACAAGGUGUUCAAUAAAGAGAGGCUGACUCGCAAGCGGUCCUGGGAGGAGGCCGAGCGCUUCUGCAAGGCCCUGGGAGCUCACUUGGUUAGCUUCAGCCACCUGCAUGAGAUGAGGACUAUUCAAGCCAUCAUGAAAGACUCCAUCAGCCAAGAUCAGGACCGCUAUUUCUGGAGCGGGCUAAACAGGCGAAGUGCCACGUCCGAAAAUUCAUGGGAGUGGAGCAAUGGAAAACCAGUUUCGAUUUUCUCCGAAGAGCUUCAGGAGGAUGAUGAGUUCAACAGGGAUUGUGCAGCUUUCAAGAUCCGCAGGAGGCAGUCCCUCGAUCCCGAGCUUUACCGAUAUCACUGGAUGUUCAACUACGACCACUACCCGGAAAAGCCAGCCUACCUAACCCCAUUUCACUGUGAUGCUCAGCUGGAAUGGGUCUGCCAGAUCCCCAGAGGCAAGAUCGAGACAAUUCCUGAAUGGUAUAACCCAAGCACAGGAGGCCAUCACGAGACGUCAAUAUUCGUGGGUGGGAGAGAAUUCUGGUUCGUGAACGACGUGAAGCUCACCUACGAGGAGGCUGGCGAGUACUGCUGGAACAAUGGGAGCAAGCUGGCCAUUCCCACGUCGUACGACAUAAUGAGGCAGAUUGCGAAGAAAAUCUCUGAGAUUUCAUACGAUCGGUGGGUGGACUUAUUUUGGUGGGUGGACUUGAAAAGCGGCAUGCACGAUUUUCCCUCCAGUUUCCAUUUCUACCAUUAUCAUGAAUCCUAUGGAGGCUGCAGUGCUAUACAUCCAUUUAGGCCUCCGGACUUCAUGAGGUACUGCGAGAAACCCCUUCCGUUCGUGUGUGAAAGGAUGAACGUCACGUCUGUGGAGAAGCUUGAUCCAGAGCCACACCCAGCCGGCAUGUCCUGUAUCAACGGCUCCUUGACCUUCGGAGACAAGUGCUACACAGUGAUCAAACCACUGUAUCUGUCAUUUGAACUGGCCAGUGAUUACUGCCAAUCACUGAAGGGCACCCUUCCUGUCAUCUCCAGCCAACUAGAGCAAGAUUUCUUCACGUCCCUCCUUCCUGACCAGCCCAUGAAGUUCUGGUUAGGCCUCAAACUGAAUAAGUUAACGGGCUGGGAGUGGGUCGACAAGUCUCCAAUCAAAUUUAUGAACUUUAACCCCCUGUUGGAUGGAUACUACGGACCUCUGAGAAGAAAUCUUCUAAAUCCAGGGGGUAUGGAAAAUUGCUCCUAUAUAAUCCGUGAUCCUCAUCCGGAAAUUAUGGGCACCUGGAACUAUGUACCUUGUACAGACUAUCAGUAUGUCUCCAUCUGCCAACAUUACACAGACAAACCGGAGAGUGUUCAGGUUCCCCAGGGUCAGUUUAAGGUCGGCAACCAUACCUACAGAAUCCUGCAGGGGAAGCUGACUUGGUCUAAGGCAAUGGAACAGUGCAAAGAACUGGACAUGAACCUGGCCAGUGUGACAGAGCUCUUCCAGCAGGCCAGCCUUAGCGUGACUGCCAGCAGAGCCAACAUGUCGCUCUGGAUCGGCCUGUACAGUGCAGAUAAUUACAAUUACAGAUGGACAGACAACAGUCACGUGACCUUCAGCCGCUGGUCUCCCGAAGCCACGAGCGGGCGAUGUGUCUACCUGGAUACCGACGGCUUCUGGAAGGCCAUGGAUUGCGAAGCGGAGCUGCCGGGUGCGAUCUGCCACAUCCCGCAAGCUGUGGUCACUCCAGAACAUAAGUCACCUGUGAAAUGUCCCCAUGUCAGCGGUGGGCCCAUCUGGAUCCCAUUCCGGAACAACUGCUACACGUUAGGGGUGGGUUCUUCCAGGUGGUACGACACUGCAAGGACGGACGUCCGGCAAAGAUGCAAGAAACUAGACAAGAACGCAGAGAUUCUAACCAUUCGAGAUGAAACGGAGAACAAGUUUGUGAAGGAACAACUCCUGCCUUUCAAAGAUCUCGCCCAGUCUGUUUGGCUUGGACUUUUCAAAGACGAAAAUGACAACAGGUGGAAGUGGUAUGAUGGCACCAAUGUCCAGUAUUCUAAUUGGCCGAACGGAAGACCAGACGUGACAGGAGACUUCAUGGUGGGCCUCAACCUCUUUGGGGCCUGGGAAGUGGUCACAGAAUCGCUCUUUUCUCAAUUCAAGCAAAGAAGCAUUGUGGUCUGUAAAAUUGACAACGACCCGAAAGAGCAAUAUAGGACAUCUCUAGAAGACCUGGGGACCUACGGCAACCUGAGUUACACCAUCAUCCAGAAGAAGCUGACUUGGUUUGAGGCUCUGCGCGAGUGCCAUAAAACCGGGGCCCACCUGGCCAGCAUCCAUGACUCCACCCACGACAGACAUCUGGAGCAGAUCUCCACAGUCGAUGGCUUCCCGCUGUGGAUUGGCCUGUCCAGACAGCAGAUGAAUGGCUACAUGACUUAUGAAUGGUCUGAUGGAUCCGCAUACAACUACGUUCCAACUGAGUUCUUGGACUUUGAAGACACAACUAGCAGCUGCGUGUCGAUUAGCGUGAACGGCUCAUGGAUACAACGAGACUGUCAGUCUCAGCAGGAAGGAACCAUCUGUUACAUGAACAACAUUGAGAGGUCAGACCCCCAGCCCAUCUCUGCGUCACAUAGAUGUCCAGAGGGAAACAAUGCAUCUCGGUGGAUUGAGUACAGGGACCACUGCUACGCAUUCAGUAUGACAUUCUUCAACUACAGCAUCUACACGAUGGACAGUGCCAAGAGAAUGUGUCAAAGUUUGGAAGCCUCGUCUCAGCUCCUCACCAUACAGGACAGGGAGGAGAAUGACUUUAUCUCGAAGUACCUGUCAGAGAACCCCGUCCUCACCAGCAGAGUCUGGCUCGGCAUGGAUGUAGACUCCAACGGUGAGCCGGUCAGCUGGUCGGAUGGCUCCAGCCUGCAGUUCUCUAACUGGGAUCGGACAGGUGAAACACACACGCACCUGAAAGAACGCUGCGCGGUCCUUUUGCCGGGAAAACAAGGGGCCUGGAGACUCGUCGGCUGCAAGGACACGCACAGUCGCAUCGUCUGCAAGAUGCCCAGCUGGUCAGGAAGAACAAAUGUAGUCCUCGCCUUCUUCCUCAUCAUUUUUAUAACGCUGGUCACCUCUCUGCUCAUCCUGCUGUACAGGAGGAACAGGUCACGGUUUUUUUCCACGGUGCGUUACCAAAGGCAAUUUGACAGAGCCGACUGCACCAGCAUUGUAACACAACUGGAGUGAGCAGUGAUUUUUGCACUCAAUCAAGGUGAAAACUCAGUUUCAAAAGCACCAUAAAGCAAAAAGACUACAAAACUUAAGCUUUUUUGGUAUGUCCACCCUUAAUAAAAAAAUUAAUAAUGGUCAGUUCUUGACAAUAUCUGGUGUUACUAUGCAAUCAAUAUUUCUUGUGCGUUGUGGAGUAACUCCGGCGAAUACUGCAAACUCUAGAUUUUACAUGGCAUUAUUAAGUAAUGAUCAAGUGUAAAUGGUGUUUGGAAAAAAAUUGCGUAUUGUUCAUGCUGUUUUUUCUGUUCGCAAUGCUUUCAUCUUCAACAAUGUCAAAGCCCCCUCCCCCUAUCAAAACAAACAUGGCUGAUUGUCUCCAUCGGUUAUUGUCUAAAUCCUGAUCCCCGUUUAAUCAUUUAAAAAAAGAACGUGGGAUAAUCAAGUGGGUUCUCGUUCAAGCAUGAUAAAACUGAAAGCUGAUUUCUAAAUGAAUGUUACAGCUGAAAUGUAUUUUUCGUACCUUUUUAUGUGUUUACUUUUAUGUCGAAAUGUUCAAUUUUUAUCUGUGAAUUGCAUCGAAUUGCACUAUUGUCGAGCUGAUCGUUUUCCUUUUGUACAUUUUGUAAAUAUUUAAGCGACGACCAUACCUUCGACUGGUUAUUAACACUGGAAGCAUUUCUCUGACUGUAAAUAAUGUUCUUUAUUUUCCUGUAUCAACUUAAUAUAACACUGAAGAAUAAACUGGUCUUCUAUAUUUCUGCUCUA